CUUAUUCAAACGUGUAUAUCUUCUUCCAAAUUAGAUUGCCAUUUGCUCCUGCUAUGGAGCCAAGUAAGAAGGACCACCUCCAUCCUCUGCUUGCUGAUGAUUCAGAAUCUUCAUCGCAGGCAGAUCAUCGAUGUGAACCCGGAAAGCCGAAAGCACCGGAAGUUCAUACGCAGCCCGGUCUCAACAAAUAUGCUCUUGCCGGUGCUAUAUUGGCUUCCACAAACUCUGUUCUAUUGGGCUAUGAUAUUGGGGUGAUGAGUGGAGCUUCUCUUUUUAUCAGAGAGGACUUCAAUCUUUCAUCAACGCAAGUAGAAAUCUUGGUUGGUUCUCUAAAUGUAUGUUCAUUGAUCGGAUCACUUGCCUCCGGCAAGACGUCGGAUAUUAUCGGCAGGCGUUACACUAUAGUCCUGGCUGCGUUAACAUUUUUAAUAGGUGCACUUCUAAUGGGACUAGCACCAUCCUUCCCAUUUCUCUUAGCCGGUAGACUUGUGGCCGGAAUCGGAGUAGGCUACUCCCUCAUGAUUGCCCCAGUUUACGUAGCCGAGCUCUCGCCAGCCCUCACCCGAGGGUUUCUCACCUCUCUCCCGGAGGUGUUCAUCAACGGCGGAAUACUGCUCGGGUAUAUCUCCAACUAUGCUUUAUCAGGCAUCCCACAAAACAUGAAUUGGAGACUUAUGCUUGGACUUGCAGCUUUGCCUGCUAUUGCUGUUGCAUUGGGUGUGCUAGCAAUGCCUGAGUCCCCUAGAUGGUUGGUCAUGAAAGGCCGGCUUGACGAAGCGACGCAGGUUUUGAUAAGAACAUCUGAAACCAAAGAGGAAGCUGAAUUGAGGCUCAAAGAGAUAGCAAAAGCUGCCUCGUUGUUGCAUGCUAGUACCUCUUCAAACAACUGGCAUGGACAAGGGGUGUGGAGAGAGUUACUAGUGAGGCCCACGAAGCCGAUCCGCCGCAUUCUAAUAGCUGCCAUCGGAGUCAACUUCUUCAUGCAAGCCUCAGGCAAUGACGCGGUCGUGUACUAUAGCCCAGAGGUAUUCCGAGACGCCGGAAUUCACAACAAGAGGCAUCUUGUGGGUGUCACAAUCCUCAUGGGCAUUGCCAAGACUUUCUUUGUUUUGGUUUCGGCACUCUUCCUGGACCGGUACGGACGACGACCCCUUUUGCUGUUAGGCUCUUUCGGCAUGGCGAUCUCAUUGGCGGCUUUGGGAUUUGGGUCCAAGUUUCUUGAGUACUCGAGUGAGAGGCCUGAAUGGGCUAUUGCGCUUUGUGUGAUGGCUGUUUGUUCUGCGGCUUCUUUCUUCUCGAUUGGCCUUGGGCCCAUCACAUGGGUAUAUUCGUCGGAAAUAUUUCCCAUGAGGUUGAGGGCCCAAGGCUCGAGCUUGGCCAUCGGAGUGAACAGAUUGGUGAGUGGGUUAGUGGCCAUGACAUUUCUGAGCAUUUCUAGGGAGAUUACAUUCGGAGGGAUGUUUUUUGCGCUUGCAGGAGUAAUGUUGGUUGGCACUAUUUUCUUUUACAUCAAUUUGCCAGAAACCAAAGGGAAGAGCUUAGAAGAAAUUGGGGCUCUAUUUGAGGACGAGAGGGACGAGCAUCAAAUGCUUCUUUCUUAGCUGCAAAAACUGUUCACAUUGACUGCGGGGAGCUGUGAAAGUGAGUUGGAAAAUGAGUUAGGAUUAAAUUAGAUUAAUCGCUGGAUUUUUUUUUCUCAUUGUAAUAGAAAAAAAAAAGAUGUACAAACUGCAUAUUCAACUUUUCCAAUGGGCAAUUAGUUCUCAAGGCAUCUAAUGUCAAAUGGGUUGCAAAAAUGAUGUGUUAUUUGGA